AAGCUCAUUAUGAGUUUAGCAACAAACUUUGUCAUUGUUUUAUCCAGAAGGGGCAGUCAACAGCUGGUAGAAAUUGAAAUAUGAUGAAGGGCAUAUAAUUUUCGUAAGUGUUGUACAUGAGUAUGCGGUAUAUUAAUAGUAAGAAACAGAAGCCUUUUUCUGCUUUUCUAGGCAAUGCUUCUGUUUUCUCGGUGACCCAUGAACUAGCACAGUGACUUUAUUGAUACUAGCGACAAAAUGAAGUUGACCGGUGGUUUUCUCGUGGCGGCUGUCGUGUACUUCAUCGCAAGCGCCACACAGCUACCUGCAGUAGAAUAUGCGUUGAAGGAGCUGAAGUUCCCACAUAAGCUUUUGAUCUUGACGGCGCUUUUUCUUUUUCAGGCUUGCUGUUUACCAGCAUAUUUCAUGAAAGAGCUUUUGUGCGGUACAAAGAAAGCUGCAGACGGAGGGGAAACUGCUGAAAACGAGGACACGAACCACGUGCUUUCCAGCGGCGACGAAGUUAGACAUGAGGACGACUUUUAUGUUGACGAGAGUGUGGUCGCAAAAGAGCCUCAUUUCGGUCAGCCGCGCCAAGGUUCAGAAAAUACAGUGCUUCUCCUACAUACGGCGGAGAGUCCGUGUGCACAAGACGACGACGAUCUUGAGAAAGGCACGAUACAAAUCGAAAACGACGAACAUGCUUUUGCUGAAGAUGAGCGUGCGUGCCUUUUUCACAGAGACGAAGCAGGAAAGAAGGAUGACGCGACAGUAGAAAUGAAAGUUAGCUCGAAGGACCGAAGAAUUCCCAACAAGACGAAGAUGGAUUCCUGUCGUGCUAUAAGGAACGCUACACUGUUUCUGAUGCUGGCCGGUAGCAUUGAGGUUCUCUCAAAGUACUGCCAAGUAAAAGCUCUCGAUCUGACGUUCAGCAGUUUGGUCACGCUAGUUUCCUCAACGAAGCUAAUUUUUAUAUCGCUGACACGAACCUUCGUCUUGAAAGCGGACUGGCCUGUGUGGACGGAGCGAAUCGGGAUGAUCCUUGUUGCCACAGGCGUCGUCGUAAGCGCAGGAAGCAUCCUCAUUGACGAAGUCCGCUUACAAGAGAGUCGGACAUCGGUUAAAGCGAUGUUGCUAGGGCUCGUCUUGAGUCUCACAUCGCACGUGCUCGGCAGUGUCACUUUCGUUUUCCAGGAAUUUGCGGGGCGCAUGUCGCCCAAUUAUUCAUCUUUCCUCGCUGCAGGCGUCCAGGGAAGCACCGCUCUAUGCGUAAUUGUCACCUACUAUGGCAUAAAACUUGCUGUGGAUCCCACGGAGCCGCCGCUCGCAGUGGUGUUCGCUGACGUUCGAGCCAGGCCUGUUUUGCAGGUCCUCUUCGCAGUCUUCUUUUUUGUUGCUAUUGUAGCGGCGGUGAGUGCUCAAAUGGUCGUUCGAAAAAAUGCUGGUGUGCGCGUCGUGCUGGAGAAUUUGCGCUCCAUAGUUCUCCAUUUCGUGGAGCCGCUUAUUCUGGUGUCGCAGGGUUACGGGCGAAACCGCUUCCGCCACGACCGGUUUCAAGCUUAUCUGGCACCGCUUGGCCAUGUCAUAAUUGUAGUCGGAGCCCUUCUUUAUUUCGAGUUCAUAUCAACAUGUCAAUCUUCUAAGACUAAUAAGAGAUUCCAAGACGCUGCGACGAAAAGCGCAGAGAAUGAAUGUGAUGGCAAACUCCGGGAUGAUAAGCAGAAUGCUAAAUGAAAGAAGCACCUUUGAGCGUAUGCGUCCGAUGCUGCGACAAGCAUCCAGAUGUUCGAAGUGUGCGAGUACGUGCUACCCACAGACAAGACUGCCGCGCUUUACCGUCCGUGACACGUCGUUCAGCCGGCAAUAAAAACGUAAUGUGGGCAAACGAGGACAGCAGCAAGACGCUGUUUCCGCAACAACUUCCGCUUUCUGAUGCAAUCAUAUCGAUCUGCUGCAUAGGCUUUCAUGAGAAACUACUACAUCGUAGCAGUACUGAGAACUCCUUACGACAUAGGAAGUGUUUGCUGCAAGUUGCAGAACACCAAUGACGAAUCCUCUCUGCCGGCAACAAACGUGUCAACUCCUUACGCACGCGUUUUUCGUAGGCGCAGAAUCGGGCCUUGCAUUAUCACUGUGGCGUCGCUCGAACGAAGCCUUUUGCCUGGGAGUUCUUUUUGCCGCUGGACUCUAAGUCUGACGCCUCUCCUCUCCGAUCCCCAUAGCCUCAUUAUAUCCAAGAUCUGAAUUCUUACAUUUAGCCAAUAUUUUUUUUACUUUGACAUCGUGUGGAUCAAUAAAGUGGAACAGUGGACCUGCUUGAUCAGAAUCCGAUCUUUGACCAGUGUUUUUUUCUUUUCGCAGGUUCGCAGUAGCACCGGAUUUGAUUUACGCGCCAUUCGCACCGUCUGUAUAUAGUCUUCGCCGAAAGGGUCUAUGGAAUUUUUUUGAUUCUAGAAAGAACG